AUGCAAUACGAAAUUUAUAAGCAACAACAAAUUGAAGGAAAUAAUCCAAAAUUCUGGGUUAAUUUAUGUCAAAGUCAAGAUGACUUUAAAAUUAUUAUUAACAGAGAAAUUCUUCAACAAAUGAUUUCAGGAUUUCAAGAAGAAGCAAAUGAAUUAUGGAAGAAAUAUUUUUUUGAACAACAAAUAUAUAAAAUUAAAGAAAUGGAAAAUGUUUUUAGUAGAAUUGUUACUGGAAUUCCAAAUGAAAAUGUAGAAAUUCAACAAGAAUUAAAUCAAAUAAAAUUUCUUAAAGAAAAAGUUAUUCGUUCAUAUGAAGUAAGUCAAGCAGAGAAUAAACAAUAUAUUAAAGAAAUUGAAAGAAGGAAUGAAAUAAUUAAUAUGAAAGAAAAUCAAAUUCAAACAAUUCAAAAUGAAACAGAACGAAUUGAUAUUGAAUUACAAUCUGUUUUAAGUCAAAAAGAAAAUGAAAAGAAAGUUAAAGAAAAAAAAGCAUUUAAACUUGUUGAAGAACAUAAUAAAAUGGUUGUUAAAUAUGAUGAACUUUUUCAGUCAUAUAUAAAAUAUAAAAAAGCAUAUGAAGAAACUAAAGCUGAAAGAGAAAAAUUAAGAAAUGAAAAUAACAAAUAA